AUGGCCGCCCGCCGCAGCAGCUCCCGCGCCCUGGCCUGCCUCGCGCUCGCCGCCGCCGCCGCGUGGGCGGGCUCCGCCGCCUUUGUGCCCGCGGCGGCCCGGAGCGCCGCCGCCGGCGCCGCCGUGGUCGCCGCGCUGCUGGGCCAGCAGGUGCAGCCGGCCCUCGCCAAGGACGUGCUGCUGUCCGCGUCCGCGGACCCGAGCGAGCAGAUCGCGGCGCCCAUGAUCGACACCUCGAAUUUGGUGAAAGGCGUGCCAUUCGCGGGGGAGAAUGCCCCGCGGUACGCGCCCCAGACCACCGCAUCCGAGGACGACCUGCUCUUCAGAGGCAACAAUGGCAUCAACGUGCUGGAGUACGUGCGGGCGAAGAACGGCUGGGUGGGCCAGAUGCAGUUCGACAGCCCUGCUGAGGAGGCGUCGGCGAACAAGCUCCUGGAGAAGCUGCGCUGA